AUGCUGGCCAAAAAGAAGGCCGAGAGGAGGCAUGCCAUCGCCGUGAUUGCCUCGGCAGAGCGACAGAGGAAGGUGAGGCGGAUGCGUCCUGACGCGAAAGACGAAAAGGACGACGAAAAGGAGAAGAUGGGGAAAGUUGUUGGGAAACGCCAUCGGACCAGCGAAGAGGAGGAUCACACGGUGGACCCGAUGGCGGUUUCGGCCGAGAACCCUGCAGAUGUGCUUCGAGCCAUCGGAGACCACGUCAACACACGGCUUCAAAAACUUGAGUUUGACGACGACUUGGAUGCGGACUUGUUCGACGAGCAGCAGCGUCAGCUGCGGGAGGAAGCGGCAAUUGCGGCAGGCACAAAGUCGCGUGUGUUGUCCACCGCCAUUUCGGGUUUUUUUCGACAGCAAGAAGAACAAAAUAAAAGUGUCAAGAUGUUGCGCGUGGGGCACAACAGUAAUGCGUUAACGGCAGUAUGUGGUCUUGGGUCCGAAUUGGUGGUCUUUGGGGAUAAGUCGGGAUCUGUGUACAUGGCGGAGCUGCGCGGCAGUCCGUCCCCGCCACUUUCUUCUAAUUCUUCGCAGAAGACCCUUCUUAGACCUUGUUUACCCGCAGCGGUACUUUCCAUAGCCGUUUCUGACACGAGUGGUCUACGCCCCUCACAACGCGCCCUGUUUGAGCGUAGCACCGUCGAUACAAGCGUCACAUCUUACAUUGCGGCUGGAGGAGCUGAUGGUACAAUAAGCAUAUGGGUAACAAGAACCCGAAAGCAUAUGGGGUUUUUAUCCAUGCAUCGUUCUGCAGUGACUGGAUUGGCGUUUCGUCACGACACAUUAUAUAGCUGCAGUAGCGACGAGACAUUGCGAGUGUGGUCUGUGCCGCAGAUGAUUUGUCAAGACAAACUUUUUGGUCAUCAGGGACGUGUUCUUGGCAUACAUUGUCUCAAGCGGGAACGCUGCGCAACUGUUGGAGAGGAUGGAACAAUGCGUUUCUGGAAGGUGGACGCAGCGACACAACAGGAGUUUACCACAUACUCUUAUUUUGGUGUGAAGGUUGUGCUUGAAUGUGUCACAAUGGUCAACGAAAAUGUUGUAUUGUGUGGUGCCUCCAACGGUGCGCUUCUCUUAUAUGACCUCAACAAACGGAAGCCGCUUGCAGUGCAGGAGGCGGCACACGGUUACGGAUUUGUGGGUGACGGCACGGGUCUGGAGAAGGUGAUAUUGGCGGCACAACUGGAGAAGGCCAGCAGUAACGGUGAAGAGCAACGGGAAGAAUGUCGGCGGAACGCGAACCCCAUCACAGCGGUGGCGUCCAUACCGUACAGUGACGUGGCAGCCAGCGCAAGUUAUGACGGCAAUGUGCGGCUCUGGCGCAUUGCCACUCCAGAGACGGGCAAGAAGAGUGGCCCAACAGUUGAUCAGGCUCAGACAGGCGCACUGGCCAAAACGACAUUUGAGUGUUUGGCGUCCGUACCCAUUAGCGCCAUUGUGAAUUCCUUGUAUUUCACCUCUAGUGGCGAUGCACUUUUUCUCGGGUGCGGUAAAGAACCCAGACUUGGUCGCUGGGUUGUGCAACGAGGCGCUCUCAACGCUGCAUAUGUUGUGCCUCUUGAUGAUGCCAGGCUACGCGCGUUCACGGCCUGUGCGGAUGUGGAACACAUCCCUGCGAUGUUGUACGGCUUUGACGAUGAAGAAGAUGACAAUCACAGGGAAGAGAAAGACGACGGGAGAGAAAAUGAUGUGCCAGGGAGUAUCGACCUCACCGAAAGGAACGGUGCUCUUCAGGCUAAUGAGGGCAGUGAUAAUGACAGCGAUGUCGGGAGCGGCCUGUUUACGCUUGGCGAGGACGGACAGAUGCAAUUUCUUGUGCCACCGGAGGCUGAUGCCACAGACGAGACGGCGGUGGUGAAGAAAAAGAAGAAAGCCAUGAAAGCCAAGAGGGAAAAGAACGUGUCGUCACGUGGUGCGGGUGGCAACAACGAGAAAAAGUUUGGUCGAAUCAAAAGGUCGGCUGAGAACCGGCAGACGCAUCAGCCGACGGGCGAUUCGCCGCGGCCCCAGAGAAGGAAGAAGAAGAAGGCAAACCCCAAGGAGGCAAAGGAGUGA